ACUUUUCGAAUUCUGAUUUUACAUAAACAAUUCAAAUCAUAUUUAUAUGAUUUGAACCAAAAUCAUACUUUCUUAAAUACAUUCCAUACAAUUUUUGCAAAUCAACUUUUUAUGAUUCAAACUCAAAUCCUAGAACUAUUUUGAAAAUUCUUCGACAGGAAGUCUAUUUGUGGAUGCAUAGUUAGCCCAGACCAUUAUGUUCUGAACUUAGUAAUUGUGAAAAAGGGUGAGAAUGAUCUCCUUGGGUUGACUAACACUGAGAAACCAAGAAUGAGAGGCCCCAAGAGGGGAUCAAAGAUCCGCAAACUCUUCAAUCUUUCCAAGGAGGAUGAUGUUCGGGAGUAUGUCAAUACCUACCGCCGAACAUUCACAACAAAAUCAGGGAAAAAAGUCAGCAAAGCUCCCAAAAUCCAGAGAUUGGUUACCCCAUUAACUUUGCAGAGGAAGCGAGCAAGGAUUGCUGAUAAGAAGAAGAGAAUUGUCAAGGCCAAGGCAGAGGCUGCAGAGUAUCAGAAGCUCCUUGCUACAAGAUUGAAAGAACAAAGAGAACGUCGAAGUGAGAGAUUAGCCAAGAAAAGGUACGGGCUCUCUGCUGCUUCUAAGCCAUCUGUUGCAGCUUAAGUUCCACACUCUCUAGUACUGUCAUGUCCUGGUGGCAGGUCCAAUAUCAAUGAAAUCCCUUUUUCUUUUUUCUUUUUUUUCAAAGAAGCUUCUCCAUGACUCUUUUCAAGUUAUUCGAUGCUUGCAAGAUCACAAGAUUGUUGGAUCAUUCAACCUUGAAAUUUUGAUAAUUCACUUCCAAUUUCUUUCUGAAGUUAGCACUUAUAUUCUACUUGAUACUGUACUGGUGAGAUUCUCUAUAAAUUCUCGUGCUGGAU